GCAUCAAAAUAUCAUGACAUAAAACAAUUGUCAGCCUAUCUGGUAGCCAUGAUUUGAAGGUAGGCCUUGAAUAUUGUCUUGGGAAAGAUUUUAUGGAAAGACUCAGGAAGGAAGGUUCCAUUGAGUUGAAAGCAGAGUCACCAGGAGGUAUUGAUUAUCGUGUAACUGAGGAAAGUUUGAAGGAUCGGUUAAACAUCAUCAUGCUUGAAGAAUGCCUGAAUAUUGACAACGAAUGCAGGGUCUUUACAGUUCAUGGUGGAGCAGACACCAUAAUCCCGGUUGUAGCAGCACAUGAGUUUGCUAAGGUUCUACCUAAUCAAAAGUUACAGAUCAUAGAGGGAGCUGAUCAUCAAGCUGAGUUAGCGUCCCUUGUGGUGUAUGUUAUAAAGGAAACCUUGCAAAUCUCAUUAUUGUGAUUUUUAAUAAAUUCUCGGUCUCAAUGUAAAUUACAAUAAAAACUUUCUAUUUUUGAAUUCCUUAACCAGUGCCCUAACUGGUGAGCAUGACCCAUAUUUACAUAUAUCAUAUGGAAAAUAAGGU